AUGGAUUUCUUCAAGAAGGCCGCCGAGUCCAUCUCCAGCAGCAGCAACAACAACAACAACAACAACAACAACAACAACAACCAGCAGCAGCAGCAGGGUAACAACAACAACAACGCCAGCGGCAGCACCCAGCAGCCCCAGCAGCAGCAGCAGACCGACGACUACGGCGACAAGGCCUUCGCCGCCCUCGCCUCCAAGACCGGCUACUCCCUCGGCCGCGACACCCAGGAGAAGAUCACCGACGCCGGCCGCGGCGCCUUCGAGAAGGCCUCUGGCCAGAAGGUCCCCGAAAAGUUCUCCAACUAA